AGUCAGUGAUCUUGGUGUCGGACAGAAUCUUUGCAGCAGCACAGUCGAGUUAUUUCAGACUCAUGUUCUAUGUGUGGACCUGAGAGACGCAGCUUAACAAGGGGGAUGGUUUUCAUGGAGGAAACAAGUGUCAGAUGAACGGAUGAGGAGAAUAAUCCUGAGCUGCAGCUCUACAAUAACUGAAGCUCAGACUCGUCUCCGGUUUAAAGUUGACUUUCACUUUGUCUGCUGAUCGUGGCGCAGCGUCUUUCCUCCAUCUAAAGGAGACACUUUGGCGCCAUCUAGUGGACUGACAGCAUAUUCAAUCUUGGAUGUGAAUGGAGCAGCAUGAAUCAGAGUGAGGACAGAGAGGAGGGAGUCCCUCCCUCUAAAACCACUCUGUGUGGGGAACAUGAGAGCCAGACCAAAGCUCAGAGCCCAGAGCAGCAGCACUCACCACACUCUGCUGGACCUGGACCUGGACCUGGACCUGGACCUGUGUUCAUGAAGAGCGACUGGUCAAUGGAUCAUGAUGGUUAUUUCAAACAAAGUUUUGGAAGUUUCAGGAUCCAGCAGCAGAGACCAGACUCUCCUGAAUCCAGCUGUCUGUCUUUAAAGAGCGACAACUCAAAGGGCUUUUUCAUUGACUUUAAAGGGCGACGUCCAUCAGCUGAUCAGAUAGUGGACCAGGAGAGCUCAGAGGUUCCCAGUGGUCAGUCUGCCCAGCAGCAUCAAACACACCUGGACUCCAUAUUUAUGCUGCUGGAGGAGAACAUCGUCACUUUUGUGAAGAACGAGCUGAAGAAGAUGCAGAAGGUUCUGAGUCUAGAUUACCCAGAAUGCUUAGAGAGUCAGAGGGAGGAUGAGGAGGUGUUGGAUAGUGAUGAUGAAGAGCAGAGGAGGAGCAGCAGAGAGGAGUUUCUGAAGAUCACACUGAACUUCCUGAGGAGAAUGAAGCAGGAGGAGCUGGCUGACUGUCUGCAGAGCAGACAUUUUGCUCCAGUUUGUCGACGUAAACUUAAAUCUAACCUGAAGAAGAAGUUCCAGUGUUUGUUUGAGGGGAUCUCUAAAGCAGGAAACCCAACCCUUCUGAAUCAGAUCUACACAGAGCUCUACAUCACAGAGGGAGGGACUGGAGAGGUCAAUGAUGAACAUGAGGUCAGACAGAUUGAAACAGCAUCCAGGAAACCAGACAGACCAGAAACAACCAUCAGACAAGAAGACAUCUUUAAAGCCUCACCUGGAAGAGAUGAACCAAUCAGAACAGUGAUGACAAAGGGAGUGGCUGGCAUUGGGAAAACAGUCUUAACACAGAAGUUGACUCUGGACUGGGCUGAAGACAAAGCCAACCAGGACAUACACUUCACAUUUCCAUUCACUUUCAGAGAGCUGAAUGUGCUGAAAGAGAAAAAGUUGAGCUUGGUGGAACUUGUUCAUCACUUCUUUACUGAAACCAAAGAAGCAGGAAUCUGCAGGUUUGAAGAGUUCCAGGUUGUGUUCAUCUUUGACGGUCUGGAUGAGUGUCGACUUCCUCUGGACUUCCACAACACUGAGAUCCUGACUGAUGUUACAGAGUCCACCUCAGUGGACGUGCUGCUGACAAACCUCAUCAGGGGGAAACUGCUUCCCUCUGCUUGCCUCUGGAUAACCACACGACCUGCAGCAGCCAAUCAGAUCCCUCCUGAGUGUGUUGACAUGGUGACAGAGGUCAGAGGGUUCACUGACCCACAGAAGGAGGAGUACUUCAGGAAGAGGUUCAGAGAUGAGGAUCAGGCCAGCAGGAUCAUCUCCCACAUCAAGACCUCACGAAGCCUCCACAUCAUGUGCCACAUCCCAGUCUUCUGCUGGAUCACUGCUACAGUUCUGGAGGAUGUGUUGAAAACCAGAGAGGGAGGAGAGCUGCCCAAGACCCUGACUGAGAUGUACAUCCACUUCCUGGUGGUUCAGACCAAACUGAAGACCAUCAAGUAUGAUGGAGGAUCUGGGACAGAUCCACACUGGAAUAAAAAGAGCAGGAAGAUGAUUAAAACUCUGGGAAAACUGGCUGUUGAGCAGCUGCAGAAAGGAAACCUGAUCUUCUAUGAAUCAGACCUGACAGAGUGUGGCAUCGAUAUCAGAGCAGCCUCAGUGUACUCAGGAGUGUUCACACAGAUCUUUAAAGAGGAGAGAGGACUGUACCAGGACAAGGUGUUCUGCUUCGUCCAUCUGAGUGUUCAGGAGUUUCUGGCUGCUCUUCAUGUCCAUCUGACCUUCAUCAAGUCUGGAGUCAAUCUGCUGUUAGAAGAACAAACAACCACCAGGUGGUCUAAACUGUUCAGAAACAAACCUGAACCAACACAGUUCUACCAGAGAACUGUGGACAAGGCCUUACAGAGUCCAAAUGGACACCUGGACUUGUUCCUCCGCUUCCUCCUGGGUCUUUCACUGCAGACCAAUCAGACUCUCCUACGAGGUCUGCUGACACAGACAGGAAGUGGUUCAUGGACGAAUCAGGAAACAGUCCAGUACAUCAAGAAGAAGAUUGAAGAGACUCCCUCUGCAGAGAAAAGCAUCAACCUGUUCCACUGUCUGAAUGAACUGAAUGAUCGUUCUCUAGUGGAGGAGAUCCAACAGUCCCUGAGUUCAGGACGUCUCUCCACAGAUAAACUGUCUCCUGCUCAAUGGUCAGCUCUGGUCUUCAUCUUACUGUCAUCAGAAAAAGAUCUGGACGUGUUUGACCUGAAGAAAUACUCUGCUUCAGAGGAGGCUCUUCUGAGGCUGCUGCCAGUGGUCAAAGCCUCUAACAAAGCUCUACUGAGUGGCUGUAACCUCUCAGAGAGAAGCUGUGAAGCUCUGUCCUCAGUUCUCAGCUCCCAGUCCUCUAGUCUGAGAGAUCUGGACCUGAGUAACAACAACCUGCAGGAUUCAGGAGUGAAGAUGUUGUCUGUUGGACUGGAGAGUCCACACUGUUCACUGGAGACUCUCAGACUGAGUGACUGUAACCUCUCAGAGAGAAGCUGUGAAGCUCUGUCCUCAGUUCUCAGCUCCCAGUCCUCUAGUCUGAGAGAUCUGGACCUGAGUAACAACAACCUGCAGGAUUCAGGAGUGAAGAUGUUGUCUGUUGGACUGGAGAGUCCACACUGUUCACUGGAGACUCUCAGACUGAGUGGCUGUAACCUCUCAGAGAGAAGCUGUGAAGCUCUGUCCUCAGUUCUCAGCUCCCAGUCCUCUAGUCUGAGAGACCUGGACCUGAGUAACAACAACCUGCAGGAUUCAGGAGUGAAGAUGUUGUCUGCUGGACUGGAGAGUCCACACUGUUCACUGGAGACUCUCAGCUUGGAUCAAACCAGACUGACAGAGAAAAGCUGUCAGGAGAUAUCAUCAGUUCUCAGCUCCCAGUCCUCUAGUCUGAGAGAUCUGGACCUGAGUAACAACAACCUGCAGGAUUCAGGAGUGAAGAUGUUGUCUGUUGGACUGGAGAGUCCACACUGUUCACUGGAGACUCUCAGGUUGAAUCAAACCAGUCUGACAGAGAAAAGCUGUCAGGAGAUAUCAUCAGUUCUCAGCUCCCAGUCCUCUAGUCUGAGAGAUCUGGACCUGAGUAACAACAACCUGCAGGAUUCAGGAGUAAAGAUGUUGUCUGUUGGACUGGAGAGUUCACACUGUUCACUGGAGACUCUCAGCCUGUCAGGCUGUCUGAUCUCAGAGGAAGGCUGUGCUUCUCUGGUCUCAGCUCUGAGCUCCAACCCCUCCCAUCUGAGAGAGCUGGACCUGAGCUACAAUCAUCCAGGAGACUCAGGAGUGAAGCUGCUGUCUGCUGGACUGAAGGAUCCAGGCUGGAGACUGGACACUCUCAGGGUGGAGCCUGGUGGAGUCCGAUGGUUGACACCAGGUCUGAGGAAGUAUUCCUGUCAACUCACAAUCGACACAAACACAGUGAACAGAUUCCUCAAACUGUCUGACAACAACAGGAAGGUGACACUUGUGGAGGAGGAUCAGUCAUAUCCUGAUCAUCCAGACAGAUUUGAUCCUUGUCCUCAGCUGCUGUGUAGAACUGGUCUGACUGGUCGCUGUUACUGGGAGGUCGAGUGGAGAGGAGAUGUUUAUAUCUCAGUGAGUUACAGAGGAAUCAGAAGGAAAGGAGGCAGAGACUGUUUGUUUGGACUGAACGAUCAGUCCUGGAGACUGAGGUGUUCUGAUGUUAGUGGUUACUCUGUCUGUCACAAUAACAGAGGAACAUACAUCUCCUCCUCCUCCUCCUCCUCCUCCUCCUCCUCCUCUGUCUCUAACAGAGUAGCAGUGUAUGUGGACUGUCCUGCUGGCUCUCUGUCCUUCUACAGAGUCUCCUCUGACUCUCUGAUCCACCUCCACACCUUCAACACCACAUUCACUCAACCUCUGUAUCCUGGGUUUGGAGUCUGGUCCUGGUCCAUUGGUUCCUCAGUGUCUCUGUGUUGAGUGUAGCAGAGAGAGUCUCCUCCUGUUAGAGAUCAGUCCAGUCCAGGAUCACAGCAGCUGAUGUUAUUUAGUACCAACCUGAUCUCUGGCUGGUUUUAACUGCAGAGUGUAAACCCAACAUGUUUUCAUUGAUUGACAGUUUGAGUGUGAAGCUUCGGUAGAAUAACACAGAGUUAACCUCCAACACAAACUGCUCAGAGCAGUUUAGAGACGCAGCGUAAAUCACCAUGGCAACAGAGCUCAGGUGUUGUACAGGUACAGGUGAAUGAGGAAGUUAGAGUGAGGAGGUGAGGAGCUGCACUGACUGAUGUUUCUGUUUCAGCAGAAUCUUUAAGGUUUCAUUUGUCACAGUGAAGAAACAGUGAAUCUGAAUCAUGUUCAGUUUGUUCUGAGAACCAGGACUUUAACCUGCAGCCUGAACACAUUAACAGUUCUCCAGUCUGUCCACUAGAGGUCAGUCUGAGCCUCAGUCCUCACAGGGAGUAAAGAUGGACUGUAUCAGGCAAAUGAUUGGUCCACAAGCUGAUGACAUCAUGAUGAUGUCACAGUGACUCAAUCUAAAUGAUUUAAAUAAAAACACAUACAUCAUCUCUCCUCUCCUCUCCUCCUCCUCCUCCUCUCC